CGGGCCCGGCCCCAGAGCCCCAGCCAUGUCCAAGGAGGCGCGGGCCGGGCACGAGAAGAUCAUGGAGGCGCAGGUUAUGUGGGAGCCCGACGGCAAGAGGAACGCGCAGAUGGACUGCUUCCGGGCGGCCGUGCGCUGUGGCCGCGGGCCAGCGCUGGCCAAUUAUAAUGAAUUGUAUCAGUGGUCAGUGGAUUCAUACUCAGAUUUCUGGGCAGAGUUCUGGAAAUUCAGUGGAAUUGUCUUCUCUCGUAUGUAUGACGAGGUUGUUGAUCCAUCGAAGGGAAUUGCUGAUGUUCCUGAGUGGUUCAAAGGCAGUCGUCUGAAUUAUGCUGAAAACCUUCUGAAGCACAAGGAAAACGACAAGAUUGCCCUGUAUGCUGCAAGGGAAGGCAAAGAGGAAAUUGUAAAGGUGACUUUUGGAGAGUUAAGACAACGGGUGGCUUUGUAUGCUGCAGCUAUGAGGAAAGUUGGAGUGAAAACAGGAGACAGGGUGGUUGGCUAUUUACCAAACAGUGUUUAUGCAGUGGAAGCGAUGCUGGCUGCAGCAAGCAUUGGGGCCAUUUGGAGUUCGACAUCCCCGGACUUUGGAGUGAAUGGUGUACUGGACAGGUUUUCCCAGAUUCAGCCGAAACUUAUCUUCUCUGUUGAAGCUGUCGUAUAUAAUGGCAAAGAACACAGCCAUAUGGAAAAGCUGCUCCGGGUUGUUAAAGGGCUUCCUGACUUGAAAAAAGUGGUGGUGAUACCAUAUGUGGGCUCCGUUGAGAAGAUUGACAUUUCGAAGAUUCCUCAUAGCGUAUUUCUAGAUGACUUCCUUGGAUCAGAGAAAGGAGACCAAGCCCCCCAGCUGGAGUUUGAGCAGCUGCCUUUCAGCCACCCCCUUUUUAUUAUGUUUUCCUCGGGUACCACUGGAGCUCCCAAGUGCAUGGUGCAUUCCGCUGGGGGCACCCUACUCCAGCAUCUCAAGGAACACAUUCUUCAUGGAGACACAACCAGCAAUGACAUCAUCAUGUACUAUACCACAAUUGGCUGGAUGAUGUGGAAUUGGCUGGUGUCUGUGCUUGCAACAGGAGCUUCUGUGGUCUUGUAUGAUGGUUCUCCCUUGGUCCCAACAGCUAAUGUGCUCUGGGAUUUGGUGGACAGACUAGGGAUCACAAUUCUUGGAACUGGGGCCAAGUGGUUGUCAGUACUUGAAGAGAGAAACUUGAAACCAGUGGAAACUCACAAUCUUCAGACUCUUCACACUAUCCUGUCUACAGGGUCCCCUUUAAAAGCCCAAAGCUAUGAGUAUGUUUACAAAUAUAUAAAAAGGAAUGUCCUCCUUGGAUCUAUCUCAGGUGGCACUGAUAUAAUUUCCUGUUUUAUGGGUCAAAAUGUUUCAAUUCCAGUUUAUAAAGGAGAAAUUCAGGCCAGGAAUCUGGGCAUGGCAGUGGAAGCAUGGAGUGAGGAAGGAAAGGCAGUCUGGGGUGAGAGUGGUGAACUGGUUUGUACCAAACCGAUACCCUGCCAACCUACAUACUUCUGGAAUGAUAAGAAUGGUAUCAAAUACAGGAAGGCUUAUUUCUCUAAGUUCCCAGGUGUUUGGGCCCAUGGUGACUACUGUAAAAUAAAUCCCAAAACUGGAGGGAUCAUCAUGCUUGGUAGGAGUGAUGGUACACUCAACCCUAAUGGAGUCCGUUUUGGCAGCUCUGAAAUUUAUAAUAUUGUUGAAGCCUUUGAGGAAGUCAUGGACAGCCUCUGUAUCCCACAGUACAACAAGGAUGGGGAAGAGAGAGUGAUCCUGUUCCUGAAGAUGGUUCCUGAGCACUCAUUCAGUCAGGACUUGGUGAAGAGGAUUAAGGAUGCCAUUCGCCUUGGCUUGUCAGCCAGGCAUGUCCCCAGCCUCAUUCUGGAGACCAAAGACAUCCCGUAUACAAUUAAUGGGAAGAAAGUGGAAGUUGCGGUGAAACACAUCGUUGCUGGGAAGUCAGUGGAACAGCGUGGCUCUUUCUCCAACCCUGAGUCCUUAGACUUGUACCAGAAUAUUCCUGAGCUUCAGAAUUUCUAAACGUGACUGAAUUGUGCAUCUCUCUGACACACAUUUGUACAUAGAACUCUCCUAUCUUCAAAAAUCAUUUAAAUACUGAGGAUUCUUUCACAAAGGAAACUUACACAAAGUACUUUAUAAGUGGUAGAGGUAAAUGAUUUCCCUCUUGAGCAGUUGAGAUCUUUUAUCCUGCAUCUUUGACAACUUGGAGGGUAAUCCUAGAUUUUAGAGGAAAAGGUAGCUUUGGGGGUGGGGUUAUUUAUCUAUAUGUAUAUCUAGGAAAGAGAGACUUUGAAUGUGUGUAUGACUACACACGCAAACACACAAACACACAUAAACUGUAUAUAGGAGUGCACGUGUAUAUGUUAUGACCAUCGUUCAGUGACAGGAUGAUGUCCAAGAGGAAAUUGAGGGCCUGGCUGGUGGUCUAGGUAAACUGAAAUACUAUCAAAUAGUUCCUUAUCCUGAGGGGUGACAGAGAUUUUAGAUUCACGAUGAGAGCUUUCAAGUGGAUCUGCUGAAUGAUCUUGUUCAUUCCUCAAGGGGAAGGUGAACCUCAGGACUUUAAUAAUGUAGCUUAUGUUUUACUCUGCACCUUGGACAGUUCCUCAGGAGAUGCUGAUUUCUCAUUGAGCAUCAGCAGGUCCUUAGACGGGUCUAGGUGUAGCUCUAGUCCCAGAGCUGUUCGUAGCUGAUUGCUACAAACUCUGCAGCUGAGUGACUGUUAGACUGUGUUAGAUAUGCCUGUGCUAGUAUGUCAUAGCUCAUUGAACCAGAUUUGUGAAAAGCCUGUGCUUUCCCAUUGACAAAUGGAUUUUAAUAUUUCAUAGGACUUUCCUAUUGAAUUGAUUUUUAAUUUUUAGUAGUUUAAAAAAGUUUAAAUGUAAUUGUGAAGUGUUGGGUUUGUAUGUUUUGGUGAUAGACAUUUGUACCACUGGGUGAUGUUUCCUUUUCUGGAAGUACGAAUAGAAACAUUGUGUAAUGUUUUUAGCCUUGGUGAUGAAGUGUGUCCUUCUAGCGCUGGGGCUGGCCCUGGAUUCUGGGAGAGAUGGAGGUGGAGGUGCCCAGUAGCCUUUGUGCCCUCAGGAAAAUACUCCUUCAGUUUCUGAUAUUAUUGUAUUUUCUGGAUAUGUUGAUUUCUUUAGUUUCAUGUUGCAAUUUCAUUAUUAGAGCUUCCCAUGUUACACCAACAAAUUAUUUUGGUGAACUCUUUAUUUUAUCCUGUUAUGAAUUUUACAAACUCUAUUACUCGUUUUUGUAUUUUUUUUUUCAACAGAGCACAAUGUUCCGAGUGAAAUUAAUCUUUUGAGUUCUUUUUUUCUUCCGGGUUAUAAUACAAAGGGGGAAAGUGCUGUUAGGAAUAUGGUGCAACAAAUAAAUGAAUAUAUCUAUAUAUUAUA